UUUAAGCAAAGCCAAUGGCAAUAGAUCCAGCAGACACUCGCAAGCAAUGGCUGCUCUCCAGGGACGAAUGCAGGUGCUGCUGCUCUUCCACACGACCCAAAAUCCUUCUCUCCAUUGCGGCUCUCGCUCUUCUUGUCACUGCAGCAGUGGUGAUUGGAGCAAGCGUUGGAGCAACUCGAGCAUCCGCCAGGAAUCACCGGCACAAGAGGAGCUCCAAUGCGGCCACAUUCGACGAGAAUUACAACAUCUCCUGGUCGGGAGAUCACGUCCGGCUUCUCAACGGCGGCCUGCUCGCGGACAUUCUGCUCGACAAGCAAUCCGGGGCCGAAUUCGGAUCUAAGAGAUCCUAUCUCUUUGGCCAUCUCAAGAUGCAAAUGAAGCUCGUCGCCAAUGACUCGGCUGGAACAGUAACAGCUUUCUAUAUGGCGUCACACACGGAGAAUCGCGACGAGUUCGACUUUGAGUUCUUGGGCAACAGAUCCGGGCAGCCAUACGCGCUACAGACGAACAUCUAUGUCAAUGGAACCGGUGGAAGAGAGCAGCGAAUCCUACUGUGGUUCGAUCCAAGCCUCGAUUAUCACACGUACUCUGUUCUCUGGAACCAGUACCAAGUCAUAUUUUUCGUCGACGACACUCCAGUGCGAGUCUUUCGGAACAACAGCCACCUCGGAGUCCCCUACGCGUUUAGCCAGCCAAUGCGGAUCUUUGGGAGUAUGUGGAACGGAGAGCAAUGGGCCACAGUUGGCGGCCUCGAGAAAACCAACUGGAACUACGCACCUUUCAUCGCUUCCUUCCAAGACUUUGCCAUCGAUGGAUGCGACCCCUCCUCGUCUCCUGGUGAUCCGGGAUUUUGUUUUAGCUCUGGGAAUCGAAAUCACUGGUGGGAUGAGGAAAAGUACCGUGUUUUGGACGUUGGUCAGCUGGAUAAUCUCGGCUCCAUCGUGAGAAACUACACCAUAUACGACUACUGCACUGAUACCAAGCGCUAUUCACCAGUUCCUCCAGAGUGCGGUGCCAAUCCCUGACUUGACUUUGCUUGGAACUCAAAAACAUCGACGACUCGGAGCUUAGGACGAACAAUAAUUUUUCUUAGAAGACAUACCAUUUUUUGAGACACCGUGACGAAUUUCACGUUGUGUGUAAUGUUCUUUACAUUGGAUUCUUUCUUUCCCUGAUUG